AUCAAUGAUAACAUCACAGAAAUUGAUAAUAAUAUUGCUACUGAUAAUUUAAUAUUGCCUACAAAUUCAUGCUGUAAUAAUAAUGUAAAUGUCAAUAUUCCAUACGACAAUGAGUUAGUAGAUAGUUUAAUAUUGCCUAUAAAUUCAUGUUGUAAUAAUGAUAUAAAUGUCAAUGUUCCAAAUAAUGAGUUAUUUAAUAAUAAUGUCGAAGAAUUACUGAAUAAUAUUGAGUGCAAUAAUAAUGAAAAUAAUAUAUCGUUAACCUCAAAAUUAGCUGUAUGGGCUGUAAAAGAUAAUAUAACAAUAUCGGCGUUAGGAAAUUUACUUCCUAUAACACGAGAAAUACCGGGAUGUAGCAAUAUUCCAAAAGAUGCAAGAACAGUACUAAAAACACCUAGUAAAAUAAUUGUAACACCUUUAGGUUCCGGGACAUAUUUUUAUUUUGGUAUAGAAAAAACGAUAAAUUUAUUUUGUAUAAAUCAUAAAAUCAACUUAGAACGAGAUGAAGAGUUUUUAUUAGCUGUCAAUACUGAUGGUUUACCGUUAAGCAAAAGUUCGAAUAGUUCAUUUUGGCCUAUUUUAUGCUCAAUCAAAUCAAUAAAAGUUCUUAUAAACCACAUAUUUUUAGUUGCUUUAUAUCAUGGUUCGGAAAAACCAAAAUCUGCUAAUGAUUUUUUUAAAGAUUUUGUAAAUGAAUGUAUUCAUCUAACAACUAAUGGCAUAUUAAUAAAUUCUUUUCGAUACAAAUUCAGAAUUUUAAUGUUAAUUUGUGAUUCUCCAGCGAAAUCAUUUGCUUUAUUUAUUAAAGGUCAUACAGGCCAUUUUUCAUGCACAAAAUGUGAAGAAGAGGGUGAAAUGUUUAAUCAUGUAUUAUGUUUUACGGAGACAGAACGUUUUUACAAAAGAACUGAUCAUACAUUUAGAACUACUGCUCAACCGGAACAUCAUAUUGGCAAAAGUGGUAUGAAAAGGCUCCUUUGUCAUAAACGGUAUGGAUGGAUUUAUGGUAAACCACCCCAUAAAUUACGAGCUCGCGAUGUAAAUAAAAUUUCAGAAAAUCUUCUAAAAUUAAAGCAAUACGUUCCUUAUGAGUUUUCUAGAAAAACACGUUCUAUAAUUGAGUGUAAGAGAUAUAAAGCCACAAAAUAUAGAUUCUUUUUGCUCUAUUCUGGUCCUAUAGUUUUGAAAAAGGUUUUAUCAUCUAAAAUUUAUAAUAAUUUUAUAACAUUAAGUCUUGCUAGUUCUAUAAUGAUAAGUCAAUGUUAUUCAAGAAAUAAAGAUUAUGUAAUAUAUGCUCACAGUUUGAUGAAACACUUUGUCUGUCAGUCUAUUAAAAUUUACGGUCCGGAUUUUGUAUCACACAACAUACAUAACUUUUUGCAUUUAAGCGACUGUGUAAAAUUAUAUGGUUCACUUGACAAUUUUAGCGCUUUUCCUUUUAAAAAUUAUAUGCAACAAUUAAAGAAGAAAGUUCGUAAAUCAGCUCAGCCUUUACAGCAAGUUAUACAUCGCGUGCUUGAGGAAAGUAAUAUUGCUCAACAUAACUUUAAUAAUAUUAAAAAUGAUUCUUUUACCGAACUAUCGAUAGAACAUUUUAACGGUCCUUUAACAAAGAAUUGCACAUCUCCACAAUAUAGAAGAUUACAGACAAAUAAUUAUUAUUUAAAUAUUUCGAAUAAUGCUGAUAAAUUUGUAGAAUUAAAGAAUAAUGUUAUUGUGAAAAUUAAAAAUUUUGCUUUUUGUGAAAACGCUAUAUGUUUAUUAGGAUACACAUAUAAUAAGCAUGAUAAUUUUUACUCAAAACCGUGUUCAUCAUCUUUAUUUAAUGUUCAAUAUAUAAAGAAAGAAAAUAACUCACUUGAAGUAUGGAAUAUUGACUUCAUCAAAAGAAAAUUAGUAGUGUUACCUUACAAAAACAAGCUUGUUUCAUUUCCAUUGUUACAUAUGUAA